AAACAAUUUCUGAGUAAAGCAGAGAAAAGCUACUAACUUACUAAACAUAAAAAUCUCAUCUUGAUCUCUUUUUUCUCUCUCUCUCUCUCUCUUUUUUUUGUGCAGUUUAACAAAAUUGUGUUAAUCGCCGAAAGAAUAAAGAGGGAAUUACUUAAUUAAAUGACACUUUUUUACUGAUUAGCAGUAAUUAGAUCUCUGUUAUGAGUUAUGAGUGAUUCUCUCUCCUCCAUCAACUCCUGAUCUCUGAACCUUAGAAAAGUGAAAUACAAGUAACAUACUUUUGCUUUUGUUUUCAAGAUCAAGAGAAGUGGAGUUGUGGUGGAAUUGACUCAAACCUUGGAUCUUCCCUCAAUGAUAUAUAUGAUGUAAAAGUGUUUUUGCAAUGGAUAUGGAGAGUGGAACAUGCAGCACCGCCACCGCAGCGGCCACCACCGCCACUUCCACUGCGGCGGCCACCACCACCUCUACAAAGGAAAAGUAUUUUGGAAUUAAAGAUGGUUCUUGGUUUACACAAUUUUAUGGGUGUAAUCCAUGGAUGGCUAGAUAUGUUUAUGGACUUAUUUUCCUUAUCACAAAUUUUCUAGCAUGGGCUGUUCGAGAUUAUGGCCAAGGUGCAAUGAAAGAGAUGGGAAGAUUGGAAGGAUGCAAAGGUGGUUCAGAGUGCUUAGGCACAGAAGGCGUGCUUCGUGUGAGCAUGGGAUGUUUUAUGUUCUUUUUCUCGAUGUUCCUUUCCACUGUCGGUACCUCCAAAGUUCAUGACCGUAGAGAUACUUGGCAUUCGGAAUGGUGGUCUGCAAAAGCUAGCAUGUUUUUGGGGUUCAUGAUUCUUCCAUUUCUCCUUCCGUCCUCAAUCGUCUUGAUGUAUGGGGAGAUAGCUCAUUUUGGUGCAGGGAUCUUUCUCUUAAUCCAGCUUGUAAGUGUGAUUAGUUUCAUUUUUUGGUUGAAUGAUCGUUGCCAGUCAGAGAAGUAUGCAGAAAGAUGCCGCGUUCAUGUUAUGUUGAUUUCCACAGCCGCGUAUGUUAUAAGCAUAGUAGGGAUAAUCAUGAUGUACAUUUGGUAUGCACCAGAACCAUCAUGCCUGUUGAAUAUUUUUUACAUCACUUGGACUUUCGUACUUCUGCAGUUGAUGACGAGCGUCUCCUUACAACCCAGGAUCAGUGCUGGAUUUCUUACUCCAGGGCUAAUGGGACUUUACAUUGUGUUUCUAUGUUGGUGCGCCAUCAGAAGUGAACCACCAGGAACUAGAUGCAACAGAAAGGCGGAAGCUUCAGCUAGGACCGACUGGCUUACCAUCAUUAGCUUUGUUGUUGCACUACUAACAAUAGUUGUCGCAACGUUCUCAACGGGAAUUGAUUCUCAAUGCUUCCAGUUCUGGAAAACUGAGAAACAAGCAGAAGAAGAUGUGCCAUAUGGUUAUGGAUUCUUCCAUUUUGUUUUUGCUACUGGAGCUAUGUACUUUGCAAUGUUGCUCAUUGGUUGGAAUACACAUCAUUCAAUGAAGAAGUGGACUAUUGAUGUAGGCUGGACAAGUACUUGGGUGAGAGUAGUGAAUGAAUGGUUGGCAGCCUGUGUCUACAUAUGGAUGCUGGUAGCUCCUGUUAUACUAAAGAGUAGACAAUCAGGUGAAUUUCCCUGAAAAAAGACAGUCUUACUCUUUAUCAAUAUAUCUGCCCAACUAAAGGUGUCGGCAUUGACAAUGACAAGAGAAGAAUGACAAAACAAGGAAUUCUUUGUGACUUUGUCCUCAUAUGUUGGCAUUCAAUUCAACCAUAUAGUUACAUGUAUACUCGCUUAGUGACUCUAUGAGAUUAUCAUAGUACAAGAGUUUUCUUGGAAGUUUUUGUUAAA